AUGGCAGCAGCCUGUCGCCCCUCCGCUUUGCAGCGCUUGCCUUCGCGGCCGCAGCCAGCUAGUGCUGUCAUAGAUCCACGCUUUGCUGAGCUGAUAGGACAUCACUGUUUGGCGAGUGUUACCUUUGCUGUGGCAGGUACAGCUGUGUGUCGGGUCUGGCGAUGGCCGCCAAGGUGCUUGGAUGUUUGCGAUAAACUUAGUCUGAACUUGGCAUCAAUACCCCAACUUGGGGUAUUGAUGGAGGGGCACAUGCAGGUGAAAGGAAAAGUUGAUUCCUGUAGCAUCCCCCAGCUGUCCCCAGCCCUCAGCUAUCCACAGCUCGCCCCAAGCUCAGUCGCGAAAGUUGCGCUUGAAUCCUUUGGAGCACUUGCAAUCCUUUACAAAACCUUCUCUUUUGAUCCAGCUGGCGUUCGAUUGGUCCAACGAUGUCAUGGUGAUGACAGGACAAGCAGGACAAGAUCAAGGAUUUUGACGCGAGCCAAGAGAAAAGUUUUGGAGCUGGAUGGGCAUGCAGUGUCACCGCAGAGUGGCAAUCCACAUCGAUAUACGCUGAUCUACCUACAUGGCUUAGGAGGUUGCGGUGCAGACUACCUCCAUGCUGACAGUGAGCUUUGUUGGCCUUGGCGCUUGGGGCCCUCCUAUGCGCCCGGCCUUAGAGCCGUAUUUCCAAGCGCCCCGCUGCAACAGCAGCCAUGGGGCGAGACAUUGCCUUCAUGGUAUCAGUACCAAGGCAUCGCCAGCAAUGAGCUCGCGAUGCCAGAGCAGCUGGCUGCUGUCCAGGAGGCCCUGGACGAGGUGAUCCGGCAAGAAAUUGAGCGCCUCGAGGCACCUGGCUGCGUCUUUCUCGGAGGAGUUUCUCAGGGGUGCAAUGUUGCGCUACUGACACGACCUGGGCGGCUUCGCUGGCAGCGUUGGCUUCCUUCCUGGAGACUCCUGGGGCUUUGA